GCUUGGGCUUCGCACCUCGGCCGACGAAGACGCACUCGACGCCCGACUUCCACGACACCACAAACAUGGCCGCCGUCGCCACUCCGCCGACUCCCGUGUCCGCCAUGCGAGAGGACCACGUCAUGGACACUCGGACGCCCUCGCCUGUUCGGCGCACCGCCAGCACUGGGAGCAGCACGACGACAACGACAACGAUGGACAACGUCAGCAGUGAUCCCGCCUAUCAGCCCGAUCUGAGUUCCGAGGUCGCCAUGCUGAGCACGAAGCUCGUCAACGCGAUUAAUUAUCAGACGAACCUCGACGACUCUCUCCAGCAGACCCGGCAUGAGCUGGAUCAGGCUCGACAGAGGGUGGCACAGCUGGAGGAAGAGAAUCGGCAGCAUGCGCAAUUGAUCAGCUGCGGAGCCCUUGUCAAGCAGGCCGAUGUCAACAGGACCAUCACCAAGUUACGGACGGAGUUGACCACAGAGAAAGCGGCGCGGAUAGAGGCAGAAAAGGUGAAGAAGCAAGUAGAAAGUGAACUGGAGAACCUGACGACUGCGCUCUUUGAAGAGGCCAAUGGCAUGGUGGCCGCAGCACGCAAGGACACCGAAGUGAUGGAAAAGAGAAAUGCACAACUUCGGAGCCAGUUGCAAGAGUACGAACUGCUCAUGGCCGCACAGCAAGAGCAACUGUCAGAUCUCAAGGGCUCGAUGGAGAAACUGGAAAGCGAUCAGCCGGCAGUGAUGCGAGAUCCCAGCGUGCCUUCGACACCCAUUACAGCACAGCACGCCAUGUUCGAUGGACUGCAAUUGUCGCCUUCCAUGCAAAGUAUAGCGGACAUGUCUCCCGAACAUCCACUCCACUACUCGACACUCAUCAAUCCGGUAUUGAGAAACGACACGAAAGCCUUCGAGGACUUUCAAGAUCUGCUCCUCUUAGCACGCCGGUUGGGAGCACAUUCAAGGAACAACAGCAGUCCGGCCAACGCAGCAAAUGCCAGCCAAGUCUAUCCUUCAUCUAACGCCAUCCCGCCUUCGCCGAACGUGCCCGGAUCCUUUUCAUUCGCCAACUCCAGUCCCACCUCGGCGUACUCUGCUGCAAGUGCAAGCAUACCGCCGCUCAAGGACAGUAAAUUCUACAAGCGGGUACUGACCGAGGAUAUUGAGCCGACUCUGAGACUCGACCUUGCGCCUGGGCUGUCCUUCUUGAGCAGACGCACAGUAUUAGGGUCUUUGCUUGCAGGGACCUUAGCUGUGGAGCCAUACCCGCAGAACAAGCACUACUUUGCUUGUACGCUGUGUGGAGAAAAUAAACGACAAGAACAAUAUGUGCGAAGACAUCGCUUCCGCACGUCCGAGGAAGACAGCGUUUCGAAGCCACUUUGCGAUUUCUGUGUGGCGCGACUUCGAGCGACCUGCGAUUUUGUUGGCUUUCUCCGCAUGGUGCGCGACGGCCAUUGGAAGUGUGAUGGCGAAGAUGACCAAAAGUCUGCAUGGGAAGAGAGUGUUCGACUUCGCGAACGCAUGUUCUGGGCGAGGCUUGGCGGCGGCGUUGUGCCAUGCUUUCAGCCUCUUCAGCGAAGCGGACUUCCGUCACCGAGCUCUGCACAUGGCUUUGCGAGCGGACGACAGAGCUUGGAAGACAUUCCAGAAGGCGAAGUGAAGAAUGUGGUUCCGAAGACUAGUAGCGAAUCCACGCCUAGUGUCAGGAUAUCCACGACUGCCUUAUCGAGACCAGGAACCGCCGACAGUGCUGCUCGAGAGAAUGGUGUUGCACGACAUGUGUCAGUGGACUCGCAAGCUCAUGACGGCGCUGAAGAGUCUGAGCAGCCGCCUACACCUUUCGAGGACGCGAAUGAAGAACCGGUCGCGCCGUCCGGCCAGGUGGCGCAACCGGAGGAGAAGUCAGCAGAUGAAGCACCAUCAGAAUCUGCUACCGAGCCUGAAACAGCCACGCUACAGCCGCCCAGAGACGCAUCUCCAGCGCGGAAAUCUUUAGAAGUAGGGGAAAAACCUCCACAUGAGCGCAACUCGUCGUCCUCCUCAGUCCUGGCACGAGUGAAAGCCAUGGAGGCUGACAAGCAAUAGACACGAGAUAUAAUCAAGAGAGCUGUCAAACUGACUGAACUGUACGAUACGAAUAAGGAGAAGAGUUUUGGUGGGUGCAUAAAUGGUGGUCUAUUUUUGGCGUUUUUGCUUUAUCGAGAGAGGCGUGCGAGCGGAGCGCUUUGUAAUACAAGACAAAACGCAUAACGGUGUGGCGGCUCGCAGAACGAGUCGUAUUAACGCAUGGGAUACACGAAAAGGUGAUGAGUGGAACAAGAGAGAAAGAAGACGUGUGCAUGUGAGCGAGGCGAUAUCGCGAAAAUAUCUUUCUGCAUGAUACCCGGGUGUGUACUAGUAGUAGUAGUAGCAGUAGCAGUAGCAGUAGCAAUAGCAGUAUGGGGACGAGCAUAAUGGAUCAGUAAUGAAACG